AUGGCUUCUGCCGUGACGUCUGCGCUUGCGUGCGUGGCCCUGACGGUGCUCGCGACGUCGCAGUCGCUGCUCGUCGAGGCCGCCAAGGCGCGCGGCGGCGGCAAGAUCCCAUACGACACGAGCGCGGCCGUGCUGCUGACUGAGGCUCUAAAACUCGGCAUUGCGCUCUGCACAUGGCUGUGGCAGCGCAAGUCACUCAACUACACGGGUCUCGAGAGCUUCCAGCUGGUCUCGUGGCCGACGGCCGCGUACGCCGUGCCCGCCACCUUCUUCAUCGUACAGAAUAACCUCGUCUUCCUCGCGCUCUCUCUGCUCGACCCGCCGACCUUCCAGCUCUGGGCGUGCUUCAAGAUCAUCCCGGUGGGUGUGCUCGCGCGGCUGAUGCUCGGACAGCGGCGCUCCUCGGUGCAGUGGGUCUCCCUCCUCCUCCUCUCGCUCGGCAUGGGCGUCACGACCACUAAGCAGGACUCCGGCGCUGGCACCAAGGCGACAACAGAGAACAAUCCAACAGACAGUCAGAGUGGCAAGAGCAACGGGUGCCUCUCUGCCCUCUCGUCCGUGCUCAACGAGUGGCUGAUCAAGGUGCAGGACCCGCGCGCGCCGCUCAUGUUUAAGAACAUGCAGAUCUACUCGUGGGGCGUGCUGACUGCGGCGGCCUACUCGCAUACGCUCUUCACCGCCCCGCUGGGCGGCCUCGUCCGCGGCCUGAUCGUCCUUAACAAUGCGGCCGUCGGGCUCUGCGUCUCCGCCGUGCUCAAGUACGCAGACAACCUGACCAAGGGCUUCUCCACCUCUGCCUCCGUGCUGCUCGCCUCGGUCGCCUCCUCCGUCGCAUUCGGCUUCGUGCCGUCGCGCGCCUUCCUGCUCGGCGCCGCGUUCGCCUUCUACCUCCACCCCGCCCCGCCCUUCUGA